AUGUUGAGAAUUACCGGACUAGACAGACCAAGACGUAACCCCCUUAGUUUACAGGACCUGGUUCAGAGCAUGGUCUCCGACGAAUCCAAGUGGAAAGCUGUCCAGGCGUUCUGCGAGGAGGUGCUCAAGGCCAAGGAGGACAAUGAGCGGGCUCGGGAAAUAGAACCGGGGGCUCCGCUCCAGAGAAGAAGAAGAACAGGGAGGCGCAGACGCAACUUUGCGAAUGCGCCUGAAGUAGGUCAAGAAGGUGAGCUGCGCGCUAUGCGCUGCGGCAAAGCACUUGGCAAAAAGGGGGUCUGGACAAGGUUUCAACUGAUCGCCAACCCCUUGCCAAACAGUGCGUUGAUGGGCUCUUGGAUGGUUUAG